CCACCUUUAGAAGCCCUGGUACACUUACUGCUUCGCUUUGUCCUCUAUGUUGUUCUCCUCUUUGUCCCCAGAGAGGAGCUAUGUCUGGGUUCCAGUCAGCCUGGAGUCUCCUAUAAACCCGUCAGUAAUGGCACGGCGGGCCGCAGACCCACCCUCAUUGAACCUGAGCGGCUGAAGGACUUUGGUGAGGAAGACCUCCUCAAUGGGGACGUGAAGGUCCAUGACACCAAAGUGUCGAAGAGCCCUGAGUUUGUGCUCAUGGAGCCUCCAAAAACCAGACGACUCAGUGAGUUCAGGAUUGUCACCAGACCGCCCCCCGAGUACCUCCGCUUUGAAGACAUCAGCGCUGCAGCCUUCAGGAUCCAGACAGGGAUCCAGAAGACACCCUGCACGUACUCCAGACUGUCUAAACAGUAUGGCUUGGAGAUCUACCUGAAGAAGGAGCACCUGCACUACACAGGCUCAGUGAAGGAGAGAGGAGUCUUGUACCUGCUCACCUCCCUCACUCAGGACCAGCAGAGGAAAGGAGUGAUUGUGGCAACUGACUGUAACUUCUCCAUGGCCGUGGCUCAUCACUCUGUGGAGCUGAAGAUCCCUGUGUUCGUCAUCAUGCCAUCAAGCUGCUCCUCGCCUCGCCUCAGGAUCUACAGAGACUAUGGAGCCAUGGUGAUCUCCUACGGCAGCACUGGCCAUGACUCCCAGAAACACGCCCGCCACUUGGCCACAGAGAACGGAUAUAUGUACCUGGAAGAGGAUGAGAGUGCAUCAUAUCUGGCAGGUCUUGGCACAGUGGGCAUGGAGAUCUAUGAACAAGUUCACAAACUGGAUGCAGUGAUUGUUCCUGCAGCUGGGCAGUAUGGCCUACUGACCGGUACAGCUGCUGCCAUUAAACACCUCAACUCUAAAGUUCUUGUCAUAGGUGUUGAACCUGAAAGUUUCCCUCUGCUGUUACAAUCUCUGAAAACUGACAGUCCAGUCAAAGACUUGCACAGCAAACCCAACAGGAAACUCUAUGGAGAUCUUGUGGAGCGCUCACUCGGUGAAAAUACCUUCCAGCUUGCCAAGAAACUUGUGGAUAAAGUCAUCUCUGUAAGUGAAGAAGACUCUUUGGUGGCCAUGCUACGGUUCCAAGAGUUUGAACGCUCCACAGUGGACACAGAGGGAGCUAUGGGAUUGGCGGCCAUCUUGGCUGGACAACUACCUGAACUAAGAGGCAAAAAGGUGGCUGUAGUGGUGAGCAGUGCGAACAUGGAUCUGGAGCUGGUUCGGCAGUGUGUGGACCGGGCUCUGGUGCUGGAUGAUCGGGUCAGUAAGUUCUCGGUGCAGCUGGGAGAAUGGCCAGGAGACAUGGCUAAGCUGCUGGACUUCCUGUCCAGAGAAGACGUCAGGUUGUUGGACGUCUGCCAUCGGAGACAAGGUGACAAGACGGACCUCUUCAAGGCAAAGGUGGAGUGUGUGGUGGAAACCAGAGACAGGACACAGAGCGCUCAGCUGCGUAAGACACUGGGUGAGCGCUACCCGUCUGUUUGCUGGCUGGAACGGUGAUCACAACAACGAAAUAAGUACAAACUAUUACAACACCAAAGAGGGAGAGAAAAUGACAUAGUCAUAAUAUGUGCAAUGACAUGCUAACACAUCCUGUAAGAUGCACGGCUGUAAUUUAUGACCUCUGUUUAAUGGAUCUCAUUAUCUCAUUGUGACAACUGCUGUUAGCCAGACAAAUGUGUGUAAAGAAAAGCCUUGAGAUUAUAGACUGUUCAUGUUAUUUCUGUUAUUAAACUGCUAUUGAAGCAAUACUAGACAGCAGGGAUUACUGUUGUGCUACAUAUCAGCUAGCUAAGAUUAGCUGUGCUGAUAUCCAGUACAACAGCACACGUAUUGCGUUUAUACAGCAGUUAUACAUGCUGCAUAUCAUAGUAAUAAGCACUGAGCAACAGCAGAUUAUUAUUUUGUGUUUAUGUAAUUCUUCAUUAUGCUCCACCAACACACAAAUGACUACUACACCUUGACUUGAACUGGACUGUUGCCAAGCAACAAAUACAAAUGUACUUUUGUAUUAAAUACAUUUAUCUGUAUGUGGCCAUUUAUAUUGUGCAACCAGUGAAAUAUAUGUCUGUGGACUGUUGCUUUAUCGGCCUGUGUGAGACUGUUUAUUGUAACUAACUUAAAAUACUGUGAACACCUGAAGCAGAGUUGCUUCCUCUAGUUGAAGUGCUGUUGUACUCUCUAUUAGCACUGUUGGGAUGCCUCUUGUCCAAUCAAAUCACUUGAUCAGAACUAACUGUUGUAUAUCGUUCUUCACAGACCACACCUUGUUAGUAAAGAUGUAUAAAGAUGUCAUAGUUUUAUCACAGUGGGAGAAUAAACUGUAGCUAUGGGCCCCUUUCUGAAUCAAGUCCACACUACACACCUCCCUAAACUACCAAAAAUAAAGAUAUAUUUUUAUUUAUAUUGUUUUUAAACUGUUGUACAUAUUUGUGUAUAUACUGUCUGAGAUGGUAGUAAAUCCAAGCGUGUGUUCUGCAAAUAAAAAUGUAUC